AUGGGUCUUGGGGAAGAUGUCAACAGAGAAGGCAUUAGAAAGACACCACUUCGUGUUGCCAAGGCCCUUUCUGAAGGAACUAGAGACUUUUUUGAAGAAUGUGUUAGCAAAAAUAUUGAUAAGAAGGGUCUUGUUAUACCAGGCUAUAUUCAAAGUGUGAAGGAAAUUGUGGAAGGUGCAUUAUUCCCUGAAGAAGGUCUAGACAAAGACGAGGUUGGUCAUGCAGGUGGAGUUGGAGGACUUGUGAUUGUAAGAGAUCUUGACUUUUAUUCCUAUUGUGAGUCUUGCAUGCUACCAUUCUAUUUCAAGUGUCAUGUGGGUUAUGUCCCUUCUGGCCAAAGAGUUUUGGGUUUAAGCAAGCUCUCUCGUGUCACCAAUGUGUUUGCAAAGCGACUCCAAGAGCCUCAACGACUUGCAAAUGAGGUGUGUUCUGCUUUGCAUGAAGGGAUACAACCCACUGGGGUUGCUAUCGUACUUGAAUGCAAGCACGUACACUUUCCAGACACGGAAUCAAACUCAUUUGACUCAAACCACAAAGGGGUGGUGGGGAUACUGGUUUCUUCAGGGUCUGGUGCUUUUGAAGACAAAGAUGCAGACAUGUGGGGUGACUUUUUUGGCCUCAUUAAGUUUAGAGGUAUUGACAAGGAUAACAUUCAUGAUAAGGGGUCGGUGGACCAAUGUUGGUGUCCUUCUUUGUCUAAUAAUGUUUCACUCAAGAAUGAAGAAAUCAAGCCUACUAUGGUCACUGCAGUAGCUUCAAUUCUCAAGUCUUUAGGUGAGGAUCCAACCAGGAAGGAAUUAGAAGGGACUCCUGGUAGAUAUACGAAAUGGCUGAUGAACUUUCAAUGCAGUAGCAUUGAUAUGAGGCAGAAUGGUUCCCUUUGGAGUGGGAUAUAUGAUGCUUUGGACCCUAACGAGGAGGAAGGCUUUAAUGUCAAGCUACACUCAGAGCUGAACUUGCCCCUUUUGUCACAAUGUGAGCAUCAUUUACUUCCAUUUCAUGGUGUUGCUCACAUAGGAUACUUCAUUUCCAAAGGGUUUCACCCCAUUGGAAAAAGCUUUGUGCAGUCUAUAGUGCAUUUUUAUGGUUUUAAGCUCCAGGUUCAGGAAAGGCUCACCAAGCAGAUUGCAGAAACCAUCUCUUCACUGGUAGGUAAAAAUGUGAUUGUGGUGGUGGAAGCAAGUCACACUUGUAUGAUUUCAAGGGGCAUUGAGAAGUUUGGUAGUAACACAGCUACCAUUGCUGCAUUGGGAUGCUUUUCAACUGACCUUGCUGCAAGAGCUGCGUUCCUCGAGAGUAUUCCAGGGCCUAAAUCUCUUUAA